GGUGCUACCGCCAAAAACACCACCGAAGAAGACACCGGAAGUAAACAAGCAGCGUGCCUCCACGUGUAUAUAGCGUGACGUCACACAGCUCUUCUUCUUCUGCUGCUGCUCAUGAAGCCUGCGGACGCGCCCCCCCCUCACAGGAAGAGGAGAAGGUCUCAGAGCCUGGAGGACUCACCUGUGGACAUCGACACACCUGACAGGAUAGAGAAGAAGAAGAAGAAGAAGAAGAGACGAGAGGAGGAGGAGGAGGAGGAGGUGGAGGAGGUGCCGGUCACCAUAGCAACCAAUAAAACCGCUAAGAAGAAGAAGAAGAGACAGGAGGAGGAGGAGGAGGAGGAGGUGGAGGAGGUGCCGGUCACCAUAGCAACCAAUAAAACCGCUAAGAAGAAGAAGAAGAAGAGACAGGAGGAGGAGGAGGAGGAGGAGGUAGAGGAGGUGCCGGUCACCAUAGCAACUAAUGAAACCGCUAAAAAGAAGAAGAAGAAAAACAAAAAUGGACUGAAGGAGGUCAGCGUCACCAUGGCAACAACAGACGACAACAACACAGACCUGACGGUUCCCAUGGAAACGAGUGACACUGGGAUGGAGAGAAAAAAGAAGAAGAAACAGGAGGGGAGUGUCGUCAUGGUAACGACUACCAACAACAACAGUGAAACAGCCCCACUGGUUUCCAUGGAAACCAAUCACACAGCGCCAGAGACAGAGAAGAAGAAGAAGAAGAAGAAGAAACAGGAGGGGAGUGUCGUCAUGGUAACGACUACCAACAACAGUGAAACAGACCUGCUGGUUUCCAUGGAAACCAACCACACAGCGCCAGAGACAGAGAAGAAGAAGAAGAAGAAGAAACAGGAGGGGAGUGUCGUCAUGGUAACGACUACCAACAACAACAGUGAAACAGACCCACUGGUUUCCAUGGAAACCAAUCACACAGCGCCAGAGACAGAGAAGAAGAAGAAGAAGAAGAAAGAUGCGAGUGUGAAAGAGGUAGAAAAAGAACAGAAGAAGAAGAAGAAGAGAAAAGACAGAGCAGAGAAAGAGAAGAAGAAGACGAGCCCAGGAGAGGAAGUGACAUCAUAUGAUGAGGCGCUGGUCGGGGAGCUGGAGGAAUUUAUUCCGGAUGUGAAGAAACGAACAAUUCAUGAGAUUCAAAGAUUCCUGAGAUACGACCUGCACCGCUUCAAAGAGUUCAAACGCCAAGGUGUGCAGGUGCGCUGGGGGCGGUGCACUGAGAAGGAGAAUCAGCUGAUUGGCCAGAACAUCGCAGACUUCCUGGCUCUGACUGGAAUCGGCUCAGCCAAUCAGCUUCUGUUUCCUGAGCGGUUCCCAGAUCAGAAGGCGGAGAUUAAACAGCUCCGAUCACGACAUCACUUCAUAGAGAAGAUCUCUGAGGGGAUCCCGAGGCCUUGUCAGCAGAUUCUCACCAGAGCCAAGAAGAUUUUUGACGACAGGAACCACAGAGGAAGGUUCUCAGAGGAAGAGAUGCAGUCCUUGAUAAAGUUGCAGAACCUCCACGGGAACAACUGGAGAGCGAUCGCUCAGAAGAUGGACCGCAGUAUCUACGCUCUCCAGAAACGCUUCGAGCACUUCGCUGAGGGUCAUGGGCCGUGGAGUCCUGAGGAGGACUCCAGGUUGAAGCAGGCCCUGAAGGCUCACCUGGAGGAGCUGGAGCAGCAGAACCCUGCAGGUUCCGGUGUGAGCAGAGACCAGCUGUGCAACAACCUGCCCUGGAAGGAAGUCAGCCGCCAGGUGCAGACCCGGUCCUGGACCCAGUGCCGGGUCAAGUGGUUCUGCAUCCUGAAGGAAAAAAUGUCAGCGAGAGGCGGAAUCUUCAAUAAAGGUUCUGAAGGAUUCAGAGCCAAGAUCCGUCUCAUCAACAAGUUGUAUGACAUGCAUGUGGACGACACCGCCGACAUCGACUGGGACGAGGCCGCUUGCGCUGUCGGUGACGUGACUCCACUUUGUGUUCAGAAAAGUUUCCACCGACUCAAAGUUACCAGAGUUCCCAACUGGACCGGAUUACCCUACGGAGAGAUCAUUGACUUCCUGCACCUGUGGGUGAUUCCUGAGCUGCAUGAGAAGCUGACCAAAGCGGAGAAGCGGGAGGCGCUGCGGGGGGAGCAGCAGGAGGCGCAGCAGGAGGAGGCGCAGGAGGAGGAGGGGACGGGGAAGUUGUAUCUGCUGGAAGACAUCUUUCCCUCACAGGAAGAAGAUUUCACAGAGGUGGACAAUGUUUAACCUGCAGCCAAUCAGGAAGCAGAUGGACAGAUUAUUGACCUCACCAUGUCCCGCCUAUCCUGCUCUGUGAUUGGAUGAUGUUAAACAGGAAGUGACCUCACAGAACAAGAAGCAGGAACUGUAUUAUUUGUAAGACAGAGAAUCAGCUGAUGUUUGUAAUGAGUUGUUUUUUAUUAAACUGUUU